AUGGACUUGGGGAAGCCAAUGAAAAGCGUGCUGGUGGUGGCCCUCCUUGUCAUUUUCCAGGUGUGCCUGUGCCAAGAUGAGGUCACGGACGAUUACAUUGGAGAAAACACCACGGUGGACUACACGCUGUACGAGCCCGUGUGCUUCAAGAGGGACGUGCGGAACUUUAAGGCCUGGUUCCUCCCAAUCAUGUACUCCGUCAUUUGCUGCGUGGGUCUACUGGGCAAUGGGCUGGUUGUGCUGACCUACAUCUAUUUCAAGAGGCUCAAGACCAUGACCGACACCUACCUGCUCAACCUGGCCAUGGCGGACAUCCUCUUCCUCAUGACCCUCCCCUUCUGGGCAUACAGCGCAGCCAAGUCCUGGACCUUUGGUGUCCACUUCUGCAAGCUCAUCUUCGUCAUCUAUAAGAUAAGCUUUUUCAGUGGCAUGCUCCUGCUUCUUUGCAUCAGCAUCGACCGCUAUGUGGCCAUUGUCCAGGCCGUCUCAGCCCACCGCCACCGGGCCCGAGUCCUUUUCAUCAGCAAGCUCUCCUGUGUGGGCAUCUGGAUGCUGGCCACGGUGCUCUCCAUCCCAGAGCUGCUGUACAGCGGCAUCCAGAAGAGCAACAGCGAGCAAGCUUUGCGGUGCUCUCUCAUCACCGAGCACAUGGAGGCCUUGAUCGCCAUCCAGGUGGCCCAGAUGGUGGUGGGCUUUCUGAUCCCCUUAGUGGCCAUGAGCUUCUGCUACCUCGUCAUCAUCCGCACCCUCCUCCAGGCACGCAACUUUGAGCGCAACAAGGCCAUCAAGGUGAUCAUUGCCGUGGUGGUGGUCUUCAUAGCUUUCCAGCUGCCCUACAAUGGGGUGGUCCUGGCCCAGACAGUGGCCAGUUUCAAUAUCACCACCACCAGCAGCUGUGAGCUCAGCAAGCAACUCAACAUUGCCUAUGAUGUCACCUACAGCCUGGCCUGCGUCCGCUGCUGUGUCAACCCUUUCUUAUACGCCUUCAUUGGCGUCAAGUUUCGCAAUGACCUCUUCAAGCUCUUCAAGGACCUGGGUUGCCUCAGCCAGCAGCAGCUCCGGCAGUGGUCUUCCUGCAGACACACCCGACGCUCCUCGAUGAGUGUAGAGGCCGAGACCACCACCACUUUCUCCCCAUAGGGGCUCCUCUGCCUGGACUUGAGGGACCUCU